CGAGGUUGUCCUUGUCAUCACAAUUCCGGAACAAUGGUUACUGCACCUCCCAUUAUUGACUUUGAGCCAUUCUACACCGGUGAUGCUGAGAAAAAGGCAGAGCUAGUGCGGCAAGUCCGUCACGCGUGUGAGAGACAUGGAUUCUUUCAACUCAUCAACCAUCGAGUCCCACUCGAUAUACAAGAGGCUAUGCUUCAGCAGGCUCGGGACCUAUUCAGCUUACCAAUUGAAGUGAAGCAGAAGUACAGUCGAGAGAUUGAGCCCGUUAAUCUGGGAUACGAAGGUCUUCGCUCGCAGAAAUUCGAAAAAGAAGGACCUGGUGAUCUUAAAGAGAGUUAUUAUCUAUCGCAGGAUCUGUCGCCAGGGCAUCCCUUCACCGGAAGGUUCUCUCAAGGGUCAAAUAAAUACCCCGAUGAGAUCCGAGAUCCUGGAUCAUUCCGGCGUACGGUGAAAGACUACCACGCGGUGAUGUCCGAUCUGGGACUCAAGAUAUUCCAGGUGUUGGCUCAAACGCUCGACUUGGAUGUGAACUGGUUUAAUGGGUUUUGCCACGACUCGGCCAAUAUUAUACGCUUAGUGCGGUAUCCGCCCCAGGAAACGGAUGGUCAGGAACGCGGCAUCGGGGCUCACACUGAUUUUGGCGGCCUCACAAUCCUGCUGCAGGAUGACAAAGGGGGUCUGCAAGUGUGGGACCGCGAGGCAUCCGAAUGGGCGGAUGCCGAGCCCGUUCCAGGGGCAUUUGUGGUGAACCUAGGCAAUAUGUUGAUGCGCUGGACCAACGAUCGCUAUAUAUCCAACUUGCAUCGGGUUAUCAACAGAAGCGGACAAGAACGAUACAGCGUGCCAUAUUUUAUCUCCGGGAAUCUGGACUACGUGGUGGAGUGCAUUCCCAGCUGCAAGGCGGAGACGGAGGCGGCGAAAUACCCGCCGAUUACAGUGGAGGAGUGGAUGCUGGCGCGAUAUGCGGACACAUACGGAGGCGGGCAAAAGGGAGCAGGUGAACUGUCGCAGGAUGCAGUCCGCGCGAGCAGCUGAUUGGAGCGUUUGAGGUAGUGGACAAGCAAGUCAUGUGGCUGGCAUGUGGAUUCUUGUUGAUGACACCAAAGUUGGUUCAGGUUCUCAACCCGGGGAACACGGAGCACCCAGAUUCUCACAUGUGAGAGUGGAGCCGCAGAGAAUAUAGAAGUGUGGCCAUUUUCAUGAAUCUCAUGGAAGGGGCAUAUGGACAGCACAUGUGAAGUAUAAUGCAAACGCCAUUCUGAUGACCCAGAACAAUCAAGCAAUC